AUGGUCAACUGGAAAGUGAGCGACGCUACUGAUCGGCUCAUUGGAGCAUUGAUCGCCGCUCAUCCAGAGCACAGGCUGGAUUACAACGCCAUAGCAGCUAUGUACGGCCGCAGUGCGACUUACGAUGCUGUUGAAAGCCGUUUCCGCAAGUUCCGGAAAAUCGCUGAUGAGCUGCGUGCCGAGGCGAGCAAGAAUGGCGUGACGGUCCCCCCUCGUGGCCGCAACGGUGCCAGCGGUCCUUCCACUCCACGCACACCUCGCGCUCGCGGACCUCGAAACGGAGUCACCAAGUCUUCUGGCAGCAGUGGACGGUCGACUGCUAAACUUGAUGCAAAGCUGCUGGGCACUCCCACCAAGAUUGGCGGCCGCACUCUCGGCCAGACCAUGCUCGACGCCAUUGCUGUAGAUACAGAUUCGGAGAGCAACGGCACCGGCACCAGAACCAACACCGGCGCCAGCAUUAGCAGGAGCACCAUCAAAGUCGAAGACGAAACCGCCGAGGAAAGCCAGGUCCUGCAUAGCAUUAAAGCGUGGGAGGAUAGCGCCGAGAAGAAAGCUGACGUUAAGACUACUUUGUGCACAGGCAUCUGCAGGAAGCAGCAGCCGUACGUGGACAGCCAGACGAACAGCUACGUCGAUGGACCGGUGGCUGGACCAAGCUCGGCGAACAACUUUGAUGUGGACGCGGACAUUGACGACAUCGGAGAGCCAUGCUUUGGAAACAUCCACAGCCGCGGACAAUACGACAAUGUCGAUCUCUACGACGACACUGCAUAA